AAUGUUGGAACUCUGUCUGCAAAUAUUGAUACGUAUCAAAGGGACCAACAUCGGCUAAUACAUUUAACCCCGCCAGUCAAACCGAUUCAUUUGUGUUUGAAAUUUUUGGAUAUAUGAGCCAUUCAUCGAAUCUUGUAGAAAAUGAAGAAUAAAUCAAAAAGGAAAUAUGAUUUGGAACAAAUAACCAGACCAUCAACUGGAAAGGAAGUGCUAAAGACAAAUGCUAAGCCUGAAAAAGCACCAGGAAUAUCAUUUUUCCAAUUGUUCCGCUAUUCCACUGUUUGUGAACGAUUUCUUAUAGGUCUUGGUAUUAUAUGCGCAUCAGUGGGUGCAGGAGGUAUGCCCUUUUCCAUUGUUAUUUAUGGUGAAUUUACAUCUCUGCUAGUUGAUCGAACUGUGGCUAAUGGCACAUCAUCUUCGACAUUAUUGCUGCACAUUUUCGGAGGUGGCAGAAAACUAACCGAUGCCUCAUACGAAGAGAAUAUGCAGGCGAUACGGGAAGAUGCAUUGGCGUUUGGUUUAGGCUCAUUAGCUGGAGUUGUGGCCAUGAUAAUUGUGAUAGCCAUAGCGGUGGAUAUCCUAAACAGAGUUGCUAUGAAACAGCUUGGCCGCAUUCGGAAAAUCUACCUGGAAUCAAUUCUGAGACAAGAUAUGUCAUGGUUCGAUACCACCUCGGGCAAAAAUUUUGCCAGCCAAAUGUCAGAGGAUCUCAACAAAAUGAAGGAGGGAAUCAAUGAGAAAAUUGCCAUCUUUGUGUAUCUCGUGAUGACCUUUGUUAUAGGCAUUGUAGCCUCUUUCGUCUAUGGCUGGAAGUUAACCCUAGUAAUACUGGCCACAUGUCCCCUUAUCAUUCUCUCCACAGCAAUGGUGGCCAAGAUACAGAGCUCGCUAACAGAGAAGGAGCUAAAGGCCUAUUCGGGUGCCGGUUCGGUGGCCGAAGAGGUGUUGGGGGGUAUUCGUACUGUCUUUGCUUUCAGUGGCGAACGCAAGGAGCAGGAGCGUUUUGCUGCUCGGCUUCUGCCAGCAGAAGUUGUGGGUCGUAAAAAGGGCCUGUAUUCGGGCAUAGGAGCGGGCACCAUGUGGUUUCUCAUCUACUGCUGUUAUGCCAUUGCCAUGUGGUAUGGUGUAAAUUUAAUUCUGGAAGAACGCUUUGAGGAGGACAGGCAUUAUACCCCUGCAGUUUUGGUCAUCAUAUUGUUUGGCGUUAUAAUGGGGGCUCAAAACCUGGGUUUUUCUUCGCCCCACUUGGAAUCCUUUGCAACGGCUCGAGGAGCUGCUUACAGCAUAUUUUCCACCAUCGAUCGUAAAUCUUCUAUUGAUCCAUUCGAUGAGGGAGGUGAUAGACCCCAAGAGGUGGUGGGAAAUAUUGAAUUUGAAAAUAUUUACUUCCGUUAUCCGGCCCGUGCCGAUGUGGAAGUCCUCAAGGGCCUAUCGCUGAACAUCAAGCGAGGACAGACAGUGGCUUUUGUGGGUCCCUCAGGAUGUGGCAAAUCCACAGCUAUGCAGCUGAUGCAACGUUUCUAUGAUCCUUUGCAGGGUUCUGUGAAGUUGGAUGGCAAAGAUUUACGCAGCCUAAAUGUGGCUUGGCUGCGCUCCCAAAUCGGCGUAGUGGGUCAAGAACCUGUCCUAUUUGCCACCACAAUUGAGGAAAAUAUACGCUAUGGCAAGCCCGAUUGUACCAUGGAAGACAUAGAGAAAGCAGCGCGCAUAGCCAAUUGCCAUGACUUCAUUAUCCGACUGCCCCAAGGCUAUCAGACAUUGGUGGGGGAGCGGGGAGCCCAAAUGUCAGGAGGGCAAAAACAACGUAUAGCCAUAGCCCGUGCUCUUAUCAGGGAUCCCAAAAUACUGCUCUUGGAUGAGGCCACCUCUGCCUUGGACCCCACAUCAGAGCGUCGUGUGCAAGAUGCCUUGGAGGUGGCCAGCAAAGGCAGGACCACUUUGGUGGUAUCCCAUCGCCUUUCCACCAUAACCAACGCGGACAAUAUUGUCUUUGUCAAAGACGGAGUGGUGGCAGAGCAGGGCACUCACGACGAGCUCAUGGCCAGGGGUGGUUUGUACUAUCAACUCGUAAAGAUCUCCCAGCGCAGGGAACAAGUCAAUGCAUCAACAGAGAAAUCUCAUUACGAAUUUCAUAAGAAUCACAACUCGAAGAAGGAUGAGGACAUCGACUUCAAUGAUGACGACUCUGACGAGUCUGACUCCGAUGAAGGGUAUGUUGGCAAUGGGGACUUGAAUGUACAACAAACAAAACAAGGGGUGGAUAACAAAGGAUACGAACACGACAUUGGCGAGAAAAAGAAAUCUCGAAAAAAGAAGAAGUCAAAGGAGGAGGAAAAAUAUAAAAUUUCCUUUCUCCAACUGAUGCGUUUGAAUGGCCCAGAAUGGAGAUUUCUGGUAGUCGGCUGCAUAGCCUCCAUGAUGCAUGGCGCCACCUUUCCUGUGUGGGCAGUAUUUUUUGGCGAUUUCUUUGGGAUUUUAGGAGACGAAACUGAUGAGGUUAUCAAAUCGGAAGCCAAUUUCCUUUCUUAUAUGUUUUUGACCAUAGGUGUCAUUGCCGGAGUGGGAACAUUGCUGCAGUCUUACAUGUUUAAUACGGCCGGAGUGAAAAUGACCUCGCGUCUUAGGAAUACGACCUUCCAAACUCUGUUGAGCCAAGAAAUCGGUUAUUUCGAUGAUCCCAAAAAUUCGGUGGGUGCACUUUGUGCACGUUUGGCAGGCGAUUGUUCCAAUGUGCAGGGAGCUACUGGUGCUCGCAUUGGUGUAAUAGUCCAGGCUAUGUCUACCAUUAUGGUUGGCGUAAUCGUGGCCUUCUUUUACUCUUGGAAUAUGACUUUGGUCACUUUGAUCACAGUGCCAUUUGUAUGUUUUUCCAUAAUACUGGAAGCCCGAUUCACUGAGACCUUUGUAUUGGACGAGAAAGCUUCCAUGGAAAGGGCCUCACAAGUGGCUGUGGAAGCCAUAUCGAAUAUUCGCACCGUUACCAGUUUGGGUCAAGAGCGUGACAUUGUACAGCGCUACAAUGAGCAAAUCGACUUGGUAAAUGAAGCAUGUGUGAAAAAACUACGCUACCGCGGCAUGAUCUUUGGCUUGGGUCAAUCUGCUCCACUUCUGGCUUAUGGCAUAUCCCUGUACUAUGGAGGACUGUUAGUAGCCGAUGGCAAAAUUGAUUAUGCGAAUAUUAUAAAGGUCUCAGAGGCUUUAAUUUUUGGUUCUUGGAUGUUGGGUCAAGCUUUGGCAUACACCCCAAAUGUGAAUGAAGCUAUCCUGUCUGCGGGUCGUCUGUUGAAACUGUUUCAACGCGUGCCUAAUAUGCAAAAUCCUGCAUCGGCGCCCUAUAACACAUCCGAGAAAUGUGAUGGCGACAUUACCUAUGACCAGGUCUACUUUGAAUAUCCCACCAGAAAAGGCAUACCUAUCUUGGAUAAUUUCAAUUUGAAAAUUCCCAAAGGCAAUACUGUGGCUUUGGUGGGACCAUCAGGGUCUGGCAAAUCCACUUGUGUCCAAUUGCUCUUGCGCUACUAUGACCCUGUGCAUGGUACGGUCAAUCUCAGCAACACUUCAACCACCGAAUUCCCCAUUGACUCCUUGCGCUCCAAAAUGGGUCUUGUCUCUCAGGAACCUGUGCUCUUUGAUCGUUCCAUUGCCGAGAACAUAGCCUAUGGCGAUAAUUUCCGCAACAAUAUACCCAUGGCGGAGAUAAUGGAAGCUGCCAAAAAGUCUAAUGUACAUGAUUUUAUAACGUCCCUUCCCCAAGGCUAUGAUACAUCGCUGGGCAACAAGGGAACUCAGUUGUCGGGAGGACAGAAGCAGCGUAUUGCCAUAGCCAGGGCAAUGGUAAGAAAUCCCACCAUUCUUAUAUUGGAUGAGGCCACAUCGGCCUUGGACAUGGAGAGCGAGAAGGUGGUGCAGGAGGCUUUGGAUGCUGCUCGCAGUGGGCGAACUUGUGUGACCAUAGCACACCGUUUGACCACAGUACAUGAUGCCGAUCUAAUUUGUGUUUUGAAAAAGGGUGUCAUUGUGGAAAAAGGAACUCACGCUGAAUUGAUGGCCAAAAAAGGCUUGUACUACGAUCUGUACAUGAUGCAACAAGUAGCUUAAGAUAUUUUAAUGAAUCUUAAAUUAAUUAGAAUA